CCAAAUCUCCCCCCCCUCUCCCCCCUCUUCGGCGAGAACCUUAUCUCUCGUCACGGUAUAAUCACAUUGAACCCUUUUGUUCUCUUUCUUACCUAGGGUUUCUUCUUCUUCAUCAAUCCGGCUCGUUCAAUUUCUUCAAAAUGAUGCCACAAAGUGGAGUUGCUCAACCACCUAUGGCUCCUAUGUCGAUGGAUCAGCAUCAGUACCAGCAGCAGGCUCCACCGCCGACACAACAACAACAAUGGAUGAUGCCACCUCAACAGCCACAACAGCCGCAAUUUCAACCUCAAUCUCAACCUGCUUGGGCUCAGCAGGCAUCGCAACAACAGUACGGUGCUAUGCCGACGACAAACCCUAACCCUAGCCCUACCGGUAAUCCUAACGAGGUUCGGUCUCUUUGGAUUGGGGAUUUGCAGUAUUGGAUGGAUGAGAAUUAUCUCUCCACUUGUUUCUAUCAUACCGGCGAGCUUGUUUCUGCUAAGGUCAUUAGGAACAAACAAACUGGUCAGUCUGAAGGUUAUGGAUUCCUUGAGUUCAGGAGUCAUGCAGCUGCAGAAACUAUUUUACAGACGUAUAAUGGCACUUUGAUGCCAAAUGUGGAACAGAAUUUCCGUAUGAACUGGGCCUCUCUUGGUGCCGGUGAGAGGCGAGAUGAUUCAGCUGAGCAUACAAUAUUUGUUGGUGAUUUGGCUGCUGAUGUGACGGAUUAUAUGCUACAAGAGACAUUCAAAUCUGUGUAUUCGUCGGUAAAAGGUGCAAAAGUUGUAACAGAUAGAAUCACUGGACGUUCCAAGGGCUAUGGAUUUGUCAAGUUUGCCGAUGAGAGUGAACAAUUGCGUGCUAUGACCGAAAUGAAUGGCGUCCUCUGUUCAACUAGGCCCAUGAGGAUUGGCCCCGCUGCGAACAAGAAACCAGUGGGUACACCGCAGAAAGCUAUUUAUCAAAAUCCUCAAGCAACUCAAGGCGAAAGUGACCCCAAUAAUACAACUAUAUUUGUUGGUGGUUUGGAUCCCACUGUUGCAGAAGAGCAUUUGCGGCAGGUAUUCUCCCCAUAUGGUGAAUUGGUUCAUGUGAAGAUAGUUGCUGGAAAACGCUGUGGUUUUGUUCAGUUCGGUACUAGAGCUUCUGCUGAGCAGGCUUUGUCAAGCUUGAAUGGCACACAAUUGGGAGGACAAAGCAUUCGGCUUUCUUGGGGGCGUAGCCCCUCUAGCAAACAGACUGACCAGACUCAAUGGGGUGGUAGUGGUGGCGCGUAUUAUGGGUAUGGCCAAGGAUAUGAGGCUUAUGGAUAUGCUCCACCUGCUCAGGACCCUAAUAUGUAUUAUGGAAAUUACCCAGGAUAUACGAAUUAUCAGCAGCCACAGCAGUGAUGUUGCUCAUUUUCAAGGAGGCAAAUUGGUAGAUGGUGUUCAAGUUUCCAGUGCUCAGGCUUGAUGUUUCCAGUUAGUGGGACUGGUUGUACAAUGUUUUGAUAAGUUGAGUGAUCGUGUGAGUUUUUUGUGAGACAUUUUCUUUUCUUCUGUCUGUAAUUGGUGAAAUUUGAGUUUGCUGUUACGUUGUAUGUGUACCGAAACCUUCUGAGCAUUAUCUUGACCUAAUAUCCGAAUUUUAUUGGCCGAUGCAUUAAUGUUUUAGGCUCUCCGGUAAAUUUGUCA